AUGUCUGCUUCGUCCUAUCUUAACGACCAGCACCAUACCGACAGGCUACAAGCAGGAUAUCAACAGGGAUAUUCUGAGCAACAGCAACACCAGCAACAUAAUUAUCAAAUCUAUGGAAAUAAACAGCCGCAUGGCCCGGGCUACGGACAGGGAUACAGUCAUGUAGGAGGAUAUGAGCAGGGUCUCCUAUAUACCCCAGGCGAGCAUGGUUACCAUCCGAACAAUACUGGCUCAGCGCAGGAAUACUAUUACGGCAGUAAUGAACCGUCCUCUUCUUACCAGGGCGUGACACACAUACCUCACGGCGCAGAGCAGCAGCAUUCUCCGUCCGCCGCAAGCCCACUACAUAUGGAGCAGGCAUACACUCAAGUACAAGUCGGAGAGGAUGCUACGCCAGCCGACGGCGAGCGUGGGUUGGGAGGUGGUCUUUUGGGUAGUGUUGCAGGAGUGGUUGCCGGACAUCAAGUGCAUCAUGGUGUAUUGGGGGCUGUGGGUGGUGGGAUUGCCGGGAGCCUGCUUGAGAAUCAUUUCAAGAAGCAGAAGCAUAAACAUGAUGAGCAUGAAGAUGAGUAUGAGUAUGCGUACGAGCAUCGACGCAGAAAUCAUCAUGGCCACCACCAUCACCACCAUCAUCGGCACUCACGACACCGAAGUCAUUCGCGGAAUGGUAGCGGUGGUUCGUCUAAUGGCGAUGAUGGAUUUAGAGAGGAAGAGGGAUAUUACGGGCACUAA